AUGAAUUCAAAUGAAAUUCUUGAACGAACAAUUGGUAUAGCACUUGGUACAGCGAUUGGCGAUGCAAAAGGUAUUGCAUAUGAAACAUUAACACGACAACAAAUAAUUGAUUUACAAAAUAAAGAUGAAAAAACAUUAUAUACUCGUGUGACUAAUCAUCCAUAUAUACCAAACGAUUGGCAAGUAGGACGAUGGACAGAUGAUACACAAUUGACAUUGGCAAUGAUGAGAGCAAUAACAAAAUAUCUUCAAUCCAAUGAAGAUUUGAUGUUAAUUAUAGCCAAUGAACAUAUAAUUGAAUGGAAAGAAUCUAUUGCUGGUUGGGGUGGAACAAAAAUUGCAAUUGAAAGGUUAUUUAAUGGUACUCAUACUUAUCUUGAUAGUGGUAAUCAAGCAGAAGGAAAUGGGGUUCUAAUGAAAUUAGCACCACUUGCUUUCUACUAUAGUUUAUGUGACAAUGCAGAUGAUCAUCAAAUUGAAACAAUUUGUCGAAUGACACAUACUACUUCAGUUGCAUUAUCUACAGCAUGCAUAUAUGUUCAUAUGUGUAUCUAUUUAUUUAAGAAGAAAAAUCUAAUAUCAAAUGAUUUUCUUGAAUAUAUUUAUCAAUUAAGUCUUAAAUAUGAAAAAAAAUAUGAAUUAAAUGAUGAUAAAUAUCUUGUAAGUUUACGAAUAAAACGUUAUAUAGAGUUAAAUUUAUUAUCUCAAAUCGAUGAAAGAUCAAUUAUUGAUAUUAGUAAUGGUGGUACUUAUUAUUGUGUUAAUAGUUUAACAAUGAUAAUUGGUCUUAUUGCAUGUUUACCAACAUGUGAACCAAAUUUUAAUACAUUAAUACUAGCUAGUGAAAUAGGUGGUGACACCGAUAGUAAUGCAGCAAUGAUUGGUGCUAUUAUUGGUGGAAUGAAAGGUAUAACAGGUCUUGAACAAGAACAUAUUAAUCAAGUCUAUCGAAGUGAUUAUGUUCAAAAGAUUGGAGAAGAAUUUGGUCAUACACUUAUUCAAUAUCAACAAAAUAGAAAUGAAAAACAAAGUUAA